CAAAAAGGGGCAAACUGGAUGUCGCUUUGCAGCAACAGGGGUUUAUUUAUUUAGUACAAGCACCACAGACCACCUGAGUAAUACGCGUAUCGACAAUGCGCGUGAUGUCAACCCCGUCAACUGAGAGGAGUAACGACGACAUUCCAACACUCCAACUUGGCACUGCCACGAUGAAGACCGACAUUGCCGACAUUGAGUACGCCCUUGGCGACGAAAAUCAAGCCCGAAGCAAGCGUGGUUAGCAACUGUGGUCAUGUGUGUCUUGAAGUUGCGGACGAGUAUAAAUAUGGCUGCACUUGAACUCUCAGUCCCCCAUUCGCCGUGCUCUCCCUCUCAUCUCUGGCACGGGACGCUGAGAGUGCGUUACCUCCAGAAUGAACAGUCUCCGCGGUCUCAUCUCAGCCCUUGGCAUCGCUGCUGUUGGCGUCGCUACAGCAGCAAAGCCUCCACCUAAGCCGGAGCCAAUUGACGUGGUCGAGCUUCCGUUGCCCCCCGUUGCCCCCAGCAAUGCGGAAGGUGCCUGUACCGCCGAGAUCAACCCCCGGCGAACGGGGUGCAUCGGCAUCGACACGGGCGAGUUCCAAGCCGGCGACUUCACGCCCGACGGAAACCACGUCGUGGCCACCGUCCACUUCGUCGGCGCCCCGGCCGCCCCGGACCCGGCCAGCAUCUACUCAGGCGAGCAGCUGAUCCUCAUCAAGGCGGACGGCACCACCUUCUCCAACGGCGAUGCAUGGAAGUGCCUCAGCUGCGGCGUCCCCCCGGAGCAGGCCCAGUCGCUCGACCCGGAGAAAGACUACCCGCAUGUGUUCCGGAGCGGAAAGAAGGUUCUCUGGGGCCAUAACAUCCUCGACUGCGGCGGAGCCGACCUGGCCAGCGACGACUGCACUUCGAAUAGCACGCACAUCUAUCCGAUCCACUGGACCACGAGCGCAGACGGUUCCGGGCGCGGCGGCGUCCCGCGUGAGAUGCGUCUGCACCCGGACGACGUGCACAUGGGCUGGAGCUCAUUUACCGGUAACGGUGGGCAGUUCUGCUACUUUGGCCGGCUCGAGUUCAACCCGAACCCGACAGUGGGAGAGCCCCGCGCCCCUCGCUACGACCUGGUCAAUGUGAGUGUGUUGUUUGAGCAGAACGGCAAGGCGCCCAUCUCGGUCGAGGGCAGCGAGCUGCACAUCAACCGCGACGCCAUCACCGUCGGCGAGCUGCGCGGCUUCAGUGGCGCCGGCGACGAGAUUCUCUACAUCGGAUCCUCGUGGGAGUCCAGCAACAUCGAUGUCUUCGCUGUGCACGUGGUGACCGGAGCGGUGCGGCGUCUGACCAGCCACCCGGAGUACACGGAUCCCAUCGCCUUCUCGCACGACAACCAAUGGUUUGUGGUCAUGGACACGCGCGGGUCCGACCGGCAGAUGUGGAUGUCGGGCAUGCGCUGGGUCCCGCCGCUGAUCGACAUCGUGGCCGUGACGGCGGCAUCGUCCACGCGCAACAACGGGCCCCGCCGUUUCUUCCAGCCCAUCCUCCUCGACCGCGACGGAGACCGCGGCGACUACUUUGGCCAGCAGCUCAACGCCGGCGGCGACGGAACCAACGGCGCCGUCAACGAUCCCAAUUGGAACGGCCGAGCCGAUCCGGCCUUCUCGCCCGACGGCACGCGCAUCGUGUACUGGCAGGCCCUGGUGGUCCCGCCUUCUUGUGGCGGAGUCAACCCGCUGCCCUGCCCAGUCUCGACCGCACAGGGUGGCCGCACAUACCGAGUCAUGCUGGCCCGCUUGACCGGCCGGAAAGCAACGAAACCCGCCAAGGUCUUCGAUGUUCCCGACCUCAUUCCCUGGGCUACACCAUUCCCGCCCGGCGCCACCCUCCCUCAGCAGUUUGGAGUGCCCGACGGUAACUACACGGUCCGCGGCCGGGUGUCUGGUGUUGCCACCGUGCUUCUCGAGGGCACCUCAACGUUGGGCGGCGGCGGCACUGUAACCGUCGUCUACCGGGACUACGCCGAUGAGCCCGGCUAUGUCCUGAACGGCCAUGAGAAGGUCUCUGCCCAGAUUGUGGGAUGGGACAACCUGAUUGACUGGGAGUCCGACAUUGUUCAGACCGGCGUGGUGCAGGCCACAAAGCGGACCAGCCCGGGCGGCUUCCACCUCGACAUCAAUGCCGAGACCAACAUCUUCAACGCGAAUGGCACCCUGACCACGACGAUCGAUGGGGUGGAGUACAAGCAGCCCGCGAACGGGACAUAAUGGAUUAUGGUAGUAUUAGGGGGGAAAUACGAGUCAAGGGUCUAUAUGUAGUACUGUUACUAUUAGUAGUAGUCUAAUAUUAGUAAUAGUAGCAUCUGGAAAACUGUGCUCUGAGACAAA